CCGACUCGUUCAAUCUCGAUAUUCCGUGACUGCCCAUACCCACCUCGCCUGCCACCACCGAAAAGCAACCAUGGCCUCCGCCGGCACCUUUAACCGAUUCGCGAGCUGGAUCAAGUCGCCCGAGGGGCGCAAGUACUUCUUCAGCACCCACUUCUGGGGACCCGUCGCGAACUGGGGUCUUCCGCUCGCUGCGCUGUCCGACGUCUUCAACAAGGAUGAGGAGUACAUCUCGGGCGUGAUGAGCCCUACGCUCGCUGCCUACUCUGCCAUCUUCAUGCGCUUCGCAUGGCGCGUCCAGCCGCGCAACUACCUCCUCUUCGCGUGCCACGCCACAAACUCGGCAGCGCAGACAGUGCAGGUCGGCCGCUGGGCCAACUACUGGUACAUGGGCGGGCGCGAGCGGAAGCACCCCGAACUGGUGGCUGCCGAUGCGGCCAAGGACGCCGCCGCCAAGGUCCAGGACGCCGCCAAGGACCUGCGUGAGGCGGCCGUCGACCAGGCCAUUGCUGCGCGUGACGCCGUUCUGCCCGCCGCCGAGGCCAACUACGAGAAGGCCCGUGAGGCAAUCGCCGAAGUCGCCAAGAAGGCUGGAGGCAAGUAGAUGUUCUGUACUGCGCAUCCUGGAGGCUCGGAGAUGGACGCCCGAUACUAGAUAUACAAUGGCAUGCGGGAAUGGAUACCCUGCGAGAGACGACUAAUACACGCGGACACUACUUGAGAGACGUCUGCGCGCCGCGCAGCGCCAGAUACGA